AUGUCCGACAAGGACUUCGGAGGCAACGACGACCUGUCGCUGCCCAAAGCGACCGUGCAGAAGAUCAUCUCGGAGAUCCUGCCACAGCUGCCGCACGACCCCACCCCGUCCGGCGGAGGCGACAAAGGUGAAAUGACCUUCACCCGGCCGGCGCGCGACCUCUUGAUCUCCUGCUCCCUCGAGUUUCUGCGCAUGCUGUCGUCCGAGUCGAACGACAUCUCGGAGCGCGAGUCGAAAAAGACCAUUAGUGUCGAACACGUCGAACAAGCACUGACGGAUCUCGGCUUUGGCACCUACAUUGAAGGCUGUCGGGGCGUCGUCGGAGAGUGGCAGGAGGUCCAGAAGAAGCGCGUCGGAAGAGGCGAGAAGAUGCGUAACUUCGGCGGCUUCGACAAGAUGGGUGAGGAUGAGCUGCGCAAGAUGCAGGAGGCUCUGCUUGGUGAAGCCCGUGGGCGCAUGGAAGGUCAAGGGGAGGCAUAA